CCUAUUCCUGUGGUCUAUCCCACUUAUCAUCAUAGAGGUCGCCAUUGGUCGGUUUACCAGGAGGGCUCCACCAAUGGCCUUCCACGAUCUUCUGGGGGUGAAGUCGACGUGGCUUGGGGGCUGGAUGGCGAGUCUUAACUUUCUUAUAACUUGUUACUUCGGUGUGAUUGUCGGAUGGGCGGUGUUUUACACCAUUGAGUGUAUCUUCUACCCACUUCCAACAACUCAUGAAUUAAGCAUCGUGGCUUGGCGAAAGUUUGAAGAGGAGAGCUUAUGGCCUGUUCUUCUACACUUCGUCAUCACCGCGGCCUGUGCUGCAGCUAACUGGCGCGGAGUGGGGAGUAUCGAGCUGGCCAUGACCGCCAUGACACCUCUGCACCUCCUCCUGCUGCUCACAGCCUUCAUCUGGGCUCUCACUCUCAACAACGCCGGAGUCGGACUAGGCUUUUUCUUUACACCGGACUGGGGCUUAUUAGGGAGCCCUACGCUCUGGAUCGAAGCCUUGUCGCAGGUUGCUUGGGACACAGGAGCAGCAUUUGGCAUUUUCCUUGUCUUGGGAGCAAGCAUGACCCGUAAGACUGGACCUGUGAAGAACGUGGUGUGGACAACUGCUAUCAACGGUCUCAUCAGUCUUAUAGUGGGCGUCACGGUGUUCUGUACAGUUUUUGCAACCUACACAAAGGUCAACCCGGACGGUACGGAAGCAGAUGUUGUAAACCUACUGAGGACCAACGGACCAGCCAACACCGGACUUACAUUCAUUUGGCUGCCCAUCCUGUUCUCCACCAUGACAGGAGGUCGCGUGAUGGCGUCCCUGUUCUUCUUAGCCGUUGUCAUAGCAACCUUCAGCAACUACAUCACUCUCAUGAACACCUCUGUACAGGCCAUGGUCGACUGGGGAGUGAAAAGAAGCGUUGCAGUAGUGGUCAUUGCCACAUUGACUUUUCUCUUGGGCGUUCCAAGUGCUGUUAACAUACACGUGCUAGUAAACCAGGACUUUGUAUGGAGCGCUGGACUGAUCUUCUCCGGACUCUCCAUGAUUCUCCUACUCUGGAAAUAUGGCGCUAAAGACUUUCGUUUAACUAUGCUCCAUGAGGGAGAAGAUGGGUGUGACUGGAAAUUACCGGGGGCUUUUGACUAUCUGACAAAGUACGUCCUACUGCUGAAUGGCCUGGCGCUGCUGGUGUGGUGGGUGGUCCACACCAUCCAGUCCGCUGACUCACCGUGGUAUCAGCUGGGAAACCAGUCACUGAUGACCGCCAUUCUGGAGUGGUUUGUAAUCGGGAUGGUUCUACUGGUACUGAACCUCCUGUUUGUCCGGUACCGAGCACGCAUGUCCGGCUGUUGGUCUUCACUCAUCGCUAAACAGGAGGACAUCCCCGCCUGCCCAUGCGGUUACAGACAUGACAAAGGAGACAGUGACAACCUCAUCGCCGUAACAGACCAGGCUGGGGAGAGACCAGUUCCAGACUACAGCACCAUAAACCACUAAAAGGAAGCUACUCGCUGUAUGCGUCUGUAUAUAUGAAUCAUCCAAGAUAUUUGAUAAUAAAUGGUUGAUGACCCGCCCCGAGAUGUGCAUUAUGUUAUAACACAUUGCCAUUCGCUAUAACCACCGAAUAAUGGUGUGUUUUUUUUGCGUUGUUACAAAUGUCCAUGCGUUACGACACCCUAUUCACCACAGAAUAGGCUUGUCAUUAACGAUCUCAUCAUAAUAAAUUUGUCUUGAAGAGUAUUAGCGGGAUCAGAAGGGAAAAAAGUAACGCGUCAGGCACAGGAUUGCAUCUUAUUUUUAUUCGUGCUCUGUUUCUUCUGUUGAUUAAUUUGAUUUUAAUAUGUUAACGUUUAUUUUAAAGUAUCUGUAAUGAGUAUCUAUGACCGUCAUAGCGUGCCGUGUACAUGGCUUCGAUAUCGUGAGUCUUUGCAUGGGGUUUUAGUUUUUGUGCAGUUCUACACGGUUAAGGGUGACACAGGGUUAGAAUAUAUAUGAAAAUUUUAUAUCUUUAGAAUUAGAUUUUUUUUAUUUAUUUUGGGUUACUAAUUAGUCAAUAUUAGUCAAUUUGUAAUUUUUAUAAAUUCGGAUCACAAUCUUUCACAAACAGGUAGUUGACUGUACCGCCAUUUCUCAAUUUUAAGAAACCGGUCACUAAUUCUAAACUUGAUGAUUGCCGAGUAUAGAUCUACUUCUAAGUAUUUUCUCCAUCGCAUGUGCUGUAUAAAAACACCAGCUUACCAGAAUCAAUGCUCAAAAUAUGACAAGAGGUUUGGAUAUGCAUAUCAACGA